GUCUUCAACUUUGAUGCAUCACACGUGAAAAUCAGUGACGUACACCUGCACAUGAACUUUGUACUCAUCCAUUUCACACACUCUUCAUCACCUUCUUCUUCUUCAGGCAAAGUCUUUGAGAGAAAGAGAGAGAUAUGGCAACGGAUGUGGCAGUGCUGAAGCAUGGUGAGGUGGCAGAAAAGGUGAUGAACCAAAGCAACGGCCAUGGCUGCUGCAAAUCAGGGCCUGGCUAUGCUACUCCACUUGAUGCCAUGUCUGGUCCCAAAGAGACUCUUCUUUAUGUCACUGCUCUCUACUCAGGAACUGGAAAGGAGAAGCCUGAUUAUCUGGCCACAGUGGAUGUGGAUCCAAACUCUCCAACUUAUUCAAAAGUUAUUCAUAGGUUACCUGUUCCUUAUUUAGGUGAUGAACUUCACCAUAGUGGCUGGAAUUCAUGCAGCUCUUGCCAUGGUGAUCCUUCCGCGGAUCGAAGAUAUCUGAUUUUACCUUCAUUGGUAUCCGGUCGAAUAUACGUGUUUGAUACAAAAACAAAUCCAAGGUCUCCAUCUUUGCACAAAGUUGUUGAGCCUGAAGAUAUCAUAAGUAAGACUGGAUUAGCAUAUCCACACACAACCCAUUGCCUUGCUUCCGGAGACAUAAUGAUCUCAUGCCUUGGAGAUAAAGAUGGAAAUGCUUCAGGAAAUGGAUUUCUUCUUCUUGAUUCAGAAUUUAAUGUGAAAGGAAGGUGGGAAAAACCAGGGCACAGUCCUCUAUUUGGGUAUGAUUAUUGGUACCAACCUCGCCAUAAGACUAUGAUAAGCACAUCGUGGGGCGCUCCUGCGGCGUUCACCAAAGGUUUUAACUUACAGGAUGUCUCUGAUGGCUUUUAUGGCAGACAUCUACAUGUAUAUAGCUGGCCUGAGGGUGAAUUGAGACAAACAUUAGACCUUGGUCAGUCAGGGCUUAUACCCUUGGAGAUAAGGUUUCUGCAUGAUCCUUCUAAAGACACAGGGUUUGUUGGUUGUGCAUUGUCAAGUAACAUGGUGCAGUUUUUCAAGACUGAUGAUGGAUCAUGGAGUCAUGAGGUUGCAAUAUCAGUGGAACCAUUGAAAGUGCAAAACUGGAUUCUUCCAGAGAUGCCUGGGCUUAUAACUGAUUUUCUGAUAUCUCUCGACGACCGGUUUCUGUACUUUGUGAACUGGCUUCAUGGUGAUAUAAGGCAGUAUAACAUUGAGGACCCCAAAAAUCCUGUGCUCAAAGGCCAAGUAUGGGUAGGGGGACUACUUUGGAAAGGAAGUUCCAUAGUCGCAAUAGCAGAAGAUGGUAACACUUGGCAAUCUGAAGUUCCAGAAGUUCAGGGAAACAAGUUGAGAGGAGGACCUCAGAUGAUUCAGUUGAGUUUAGAUGGGAAGCGGCUAUAUGUUACAAACUCUCUCUUUAGUGCAUGGGAUAAGCAGUUUUACCCUGAGCUUUUACAGAAAGGAUCACACAUGUUACAGAUUGAUGUGGAUACUGAGCAUGGUGGCCUGAAAAUCAACCCAAACUUCUUUGUUGACUUUGGAGCUGAGCCUGAUGGUCCCUCCCUAGCCCAUGAGAUGAGAUAUCCCGGUGGCGACUGCACUUCAGAUAUAUGGAUUUAAUUGCACAUUUUUAUGAUUGCUUGGUAAUAAAGUUAUCUUUCACAGUUAAAUGGUAAAGAAGUGUCUUUCAUGUAGCUUCAUACUAGUUACAUUUAUGUCAUCCAAAUUAAAAUCACCUCCAAAACUGGGAGCUCUUGCUCAAUUGAAUUGAUGAGUUGUCCUGUUUCUUCUA